AGGCCGAACGGGUACAGAGGGGCAGGGCAGCAGGGCCACGGCGAUGUGUUCAGCGUCCACAUUGACGGCUUCGACUACGACCGCCUAUUCACCUGCAAGUGCUGCCACCGCAUGCUCAGCUCGCCGGUUUUCCAGUGCCCCUUCGGCCACCUCACCUGCUCGAGGUGCGACGGCGAAUUCAGGGACAACCGGUGCGGCAGCUGCGGGGCCGCCGACGGUUACGGGCGCAACCGCGCCGUGGAGGAGUUCCUCGCCCGCAUUUGCUUCUCCUGCCGCAACAAGGAGCACGGCUGCACGGCCCUCCUCGUGCACCACGAGAUGCCUGCGCACGAGGAAUCCUGCCUCUACGAGCCCUGCUUCUGCCCCAUCCCUCGCUGCGGCUUCGCCGGCCGGUCCUACGCCCUCAAAGCGCACCUCAUCGGCCGCCACCACUGGCGCAUGGUCAACUUCCGCUACGGCGAGAGCUUCCAUGCCCAUGCCCGCGAGUCGACCAUCAUGCACAGCAAGGACGACGGCGAGCUCUUCUUCCUGGACAGCUUCCGCGAGGGCCGCGGCACUGCUCUGUCCAUGGUCUGCAUUCGCCCCGACAAUGCCGUCACACAGGAGUUCGCGUACGAGCUGAAGACGCCAACAGGGAACGGCAGGAGGCGUCACAAGCUGCAGAUGCAGUCGACGGCGCGGAACACGUCGCUGAGGAACGGGAUGGGGGAGAAGGAGAAGGUGUUCCUGCUGGUCCCUAACGACAUGCCGUGCAUUGAGGAUGGCUAUGUGGAGGUGUCCAUCCGUAAGGAUGCCGCCGGUGGAACUCCGUAGGAUAGCUGACCUAGAUCGAUGCUGAUACUAUUUAGGAUUGCUGCGUGUAGAUUCCAGUUCAUUGUUGAAAGCCCAAGGUUUCCUGAAUUUCAUAUCCGUUAAUGCUUGGUCUUUUCGUUGAUUUUCGAUAUGAUUGUGAUCGGAAUAGUGUAAGUACCCGUGCGUUGCUGUGUUAAAUGUCAGCCAUAUGUAGAUAUAUUCAUAUUGAUUGUCUGAGGAGGAAUAGAAAAUUUAAGAAGAGCUUUAGAGGUAAA